UACAACCGUCCACUGGUUUCAUUCCUCUAUUAGAGGCCUCAAGUUCUCCAAAACAGAUCUCUCUCUCCCUCUCUCUCUCAAUAUUCCUCUUAUGUUUCUGUUCUUUCUCUUUGUUUUACCUGGAUUCUGUGCGUUAAUCUCCAAGUGUCAAAUACUUAUGGUGGUAUUCGACAUUAUUGUGUUAAACCUUAGGAACAAAUCGACCGAUAACCACCGGUGUCAGGUAGUUAUUUGAUUUCAGAUCAACGGUCACCAUAGCACAGUGAUGAGUCUGUCCUUCUCAAAUAAAGAGAUAUGGAAGAAAAGGUAAAGUUCAUGUUGAGGAUCAUAGAGCAAGAAGGAGACUCAUUUGCAAAAAGGGCAGAAAUGUAUUACAAGAGAAGGCCAGAGUUAAUUACCUCAGUAGAAGAAUCCUACAGAGCAUAUAGAGCUUUAGCAGAGAGGUUUGAUCACUUGUCUAAGGAUCUACAAUCUGCCAACAGAACAAUUGCUACUGUUUUCCCAGAACAAGUUCAAUUAUCUCUUGAUCAAAGUGAUGAUGAAGACAACUUUUCGGCCUCUAGCUCGGCUCCUUCACCCGAUCGCUUAUCAAACAGAGGUUCAUCACCUCUCAAUAAAAAUUUUCCGAAAGCUCCGAAACUUCCUGCACCUAGGACAUCAAAUGUGAAAGCACAGACAAUGUUAGCCUCAAAGAGAGAUCAACUAAGGAGAAAUCUCACUACAUAUGGAACUGUACAAACUCCAAAUUCAGGGCUAAGCAAAGAUGAAGCAAUGAAACAAAUCGAUAACUACGAAAAAGAGAUUUUAAGCAUGCAAACAGAGAAGGAGUUCAUGAAGAGCGCAUAUGAGAAUGCACUAGCAAAGUUCUUAGAGCUUGAAAGCAAGAUCACCGAAUCACAAACCAAAGUCUGUUCUUUGCAGGAUGAGUUUGGGGUUGGUGCAGUUAUUGAGGAUCACGAAGCGCGUAGUUUAAUGGCAGGGUCUGCCCUAAGUUCAUGUGCCGAGGCUUUAGCCAAGUUACAAGAGGAACAAACUAGGUCGAUGACCGAGGUGAAAGCAGAGUAUGAGAGAAUCAAAGAAGCCCAUGAAAAGAUUGAGGCUCUGAAGAAAUUUAGUGGGCUAACAGAAGAAAUAUCUAAAGAAGGUUCAGUUAUGGAAUCAAGUUUUAAAGAAAUACUUACUAGUAUUGAGAUGGAUAAGGGAGCAGAGAAUGCGGAUGAAUUGAGGGAGAAAAUAAAAGAGGAAUUGAAAAUAAAUUCAAGCUCGGUUUUCACUGAGCCGGAGAUGGCUGAGAAGAUUGAUGAUCUAGUAGAGAAAGUAGUUAGACUGGAGACUACAGUUUGUUCGCAAAAUUCUCUUGUGAAGAGGUUGAGACAAGAGAUAGAUGGACUAUUAGGGCAUAUCAAGAUCUUGGAAGAACAAAAACAAAAGCUACUAGAAGAUUCAGCUAUGAAAAAAAGUUUGAGAGAACUUGAAGAGGAGCUUAUCAAAGUCAAAAGGCUAAAUAAAGAAUUUUUCGAAAAAAAGAACAGCAUUGAUGUCGAAAUCACAGGGGCUAGUUGCAAAGUAGACCACCUCCAGGAAAAACUGAUUGAUGUUAAGCCUUAUGAAAGGCUUGAGGACUCAACCAAAGAAGAUAAAGCUGACCAAGAAGUGGCGGAAGCAGCACAGAAUGAGGAGAACAAAGUAAAAUAUUCAGAAAAGGAGAAUUAUGGAAGUGAUUUUGAGCAACAAAGUGAGGUGAAAGAGGUGGAAGGAAGGGAAGAGGAAGAGGAGAAGCAAGACAUGUCAAGAACAGCCGAAAGUAACAUUGAAAGCGACUUACAACUAGGCGAUGAAGAAGGCAUUAAUUGGAGGAAACUCUACAUGAACAAUAUGGAGGAAAGAGAGAGAAUUUUGGUAGAGGAAUACACUAUAAUCCUUAGGGAUUACAAAGACAUGAAGAUGAACCUUAGUGACAAGGAGAAAAAGUAUAGGGAUGAUAUUUUUGAAUUGGCAAAUCAUGUAAGGGAAUUAAGGAACACAAGUGCUGCUAAGGAUGAGGAAAUUCAAAUGCUAAGGCAAAAGCUUAGCUCUGUUCAAGGAAAUGGAGGUGGAAAGGUGGAUUCACCAUUGGAAGAAAACAAUGUGGAAGAUAAGAUUGACAACAAGGAGAUCGUCAGUUUGGGUUCAGGUUCUCAGAGCAGUGAUCUAGAUAGAAAGCCUCUUUUCCAACAUUUGUAUGAUCGAGAUGUUGUAAUAAAACUAACUGAAGAAGAUGAAAAUGACAAUGAGAAAGCAGCUUCGAGUAGUGAAGGCAGUGCAAGAAGGGUUAAGAUAAACACUAUCGCGAAAACUAGGCCAGUUUCAAGAACUGAAGGAAGAUACCGUGCAGAGCUUGAUAAUUUACUUGAGGCAAACCUUGAUUUUUGGUUAAGGUUUAGCACAGCAUUUCACCAGAUUCAAAAGUUUCAAACGUCGAUCAAAGACCUGCAAGCAGAGCUAGGAAAGUUAAAGCAGCAAUCUCAGAUGAAAGGAGGAAACGUAGAAAUGCAACAAAAUCAAGUAAAAUCAGAUACGAGACCUUUAUACAAGCAUUUGAGAGAAAUAGAAACUGAACUUAUCCUAUGGCUAGAACAUAGUGCAGUAUUUCAAGACGAAUUAAGAAGUAGAUUCACUUCAUUGAAUAACAUCAAAGAUGAGAUCACAAAAAUAUAUAGCAACAAAACCAUAGAACAGAGUGAGUUAAGUGAUUACCAAGCAGCCAAGUUCCAGGGAGAGAUUCUUAACAUGAAGCACGAGAACAGCAAAGUUGCCGAGGAACUCCAAGCCGGUGUUAGCCGUGUUAAGGCACUUAAGAUUGAAAUAGGGAAGGCACUCAUAAAGUUGGACAAAGAGUUCAGUUUUUCUGAAUCAAAAAGAAGUGUGAAGAACCCUUUGAUGAAGCCUAGAAUUCCUCUACACACUUUUUUAUUUGGAAUGAAGCUCAAAAGGCACAAGAGGCAACCAUCACAAACAAUAUUAUCUUGUGUCACUCCUGCAUUGUCUAAGGAUCAUCAUAGUCCGUUGCCAGAUUAGCCACAUUUUUUUCUCUUUGUGAUUUUGAAUUUGUUCUUCUAUUAUUUUAUGGACGAUGAGUCUUACAUCUUUAGAAAUUCUUACCAUGUAAUGUGAUUGUGCUUAAGUUAUUCUCGCUAGCACUAACAAGUUAAGAAGAUACUAAAGGAUGAGAAAGCUCAGUUGAAAUACGUUCAUUCUUCCACGAACACCAUUGUAUAUGAAGCAGC